CGGACGGUGAACGCAUCAUGAUCGACAAACACACCACCAGCUAAGUAAACAUUAAACAUCACAGUUACAGGAGUUGCCCAGUAGAUAUAAUAAUUAUCGAGCCACGAUGUGUUUGUUUUUCCUAGAAACUGUUUGUAAUGAAUAAAAAACAAUGCGCUGUAGUUAAAUACAGCUCGUGACCUUUAACCUUUCACAGUGUUUGUUCUCAGCAGUAAUGGACGGAAGACAUGACCCUCCUUGUAGCAGAACAGGCCGUAUGAGUUUCACAAAGCAGCUCAGUUUCGCAACGAGAGUGGCCGUGUCGGAGGCGGAAGGUGAACCCGAGCUACAAAACCUCUUAACAGGUGUGAUGGCAGUCGGAGGGUUGACGACCGCAGACACGUGGCUUUAGGGGUGCAGCGCUGCCUGGGCCGGCACCAUGCAGCAAAAAGGUGCCAUCCAAAUUAUCGAAUGGGAGGACCUGGACAAGAGGAAGUUCUACUCCCUGGGUGUGUUCAUGACCUUGACCACCAGGGCCACCGUGUACCCGGCCAGCCUCAUCCGUACUCGUCUCCAGGUGCAGAAGGGGAAAGCCCUCUACUCCGGUACCUUUGAUGCUUUCUGUAAGAUCCUGCGAGCAGAGGGCGUGCAAGGACUCUACCGCGGCUUUAUGGUCAAUACGUUCACACUGAUCUCAGGACAAGCUUAUAUCACCACCUAUGAACUGGUGCGCAAAUAUGUGUCCCAGUACUCGCCCAGUAACACGGUGAAGUCAGUGGUGGCAGGAGGGGCGGCGUCCCUGGUGGCCCAGACCAUCACUGUUCCCAUUGACGUGGUGUCCCAACACCUGAUGAUGCAAGGACAGGGGGAACACCUGACUCGCUUCAAGGCCAAACCCAAAAUGAUGCUCGCGGCGACUAAACGCAGACUGACUUUCGGGCAAACCCGUGACAUUACGGUGCAGAUAUUUGCAGCCGAUGGUUUCAGGGGAUUUUACAGGGGCUACGUGGCUUCGCUACUCACGUACAUCCCAAACAGUGCACUCUGGUGGCCUUUUUAUCAUUUUUAUGCAGAGCAGCUGUCCUUGAUGGCGCCCAAUGAGUGCCCUCACCUGAUUCUGCAGGCUUUUGCAGGACCAAUGGCAGCAGCAACCGCCUCCACCAUCACCAAUCCCAUGGAUGUUGUUCGAGCAAGAGUACAGGUGGAGGGACGAUCAUCUGUCAUCGAGACGUUCAAGCAGCUGCUGGCAGAGGAGGGCGUCUGGGGGAUGACCAAGGGGCUGUCGGCCCGCAUCAUUUCUUCCACGCCCACAUCGGUGCUCAUUGUGGUGGGAUACGAGACUCUGAAGAGACUGAGCCUGCGAGCCGAGCUGGUAGAGUCCAGACACUGGUGAAAAGCCAGAGGAACCUCAAGCCGGGCUUUACCUCGUCACAGCCAGCCAGGCAGGAGAUAAAGACCCUGACGUGUUUCUCGGCUCUCUGUGCAGCUGCUCCAACAUACCUUUUUAGAACUGUUGUUUUAAUGCAGGUAUGAUGAUGCAGCAGAGUGCAGGAGGUGAUGUUUGUCUUUAGGUAAACUUGAGAGUUACAGGUGAUACAACCUUGCAUUUUUCUGUUUGUCAAACUUGUUUCUACUGGCCUUUAUUUGUCUAAAUGGUUACUGUGAAACCUGGAAAUGUAAGUGAAAACGAAAUACUGCGUUUUGCCCAAAUUGAUUUAAAACAAUGACCCCUAUUCCUUAAAUUUGAUUGAUUAAAAAAAUAAAGCUGCAUCUUAAAGGAUAGUAGAUAGUUGAUUAGUGUAUCCAGUGUAGUAGGACAAUGAUAUAUCUUUUAUUGUGUCAUAAUGUAACCUGACCUAAGCUUUCGGACAUGUGAUGCACGUCCUGAGCUUACUGUCCCAGCUGGUACGUUUUUUAAAAUAGAGCUACCGGUACUCAGCAGUAAAUUGUAAUAUGUACUUUAAGAUAAUUUGUGACAAUUUUCUUCCCGUUUGCCAAAAUCUGGAGACACAACUGCCUUGUUUCUGCUUUAUUGAGCACAUAAAAGAGCAGAAGAGCUCGAUAUCUGAGUGCAUUCCAGUGAAAUUAAAUUUAUACGUAUGGACGUCUGCAACAUCUGCAAAGAAUCUCACCUUUGUGACGGCCCACCAGAAGAGAGAUUAUGUUUUGUACUUUAUUGUAUUUAAUUAUAGUAUUGGCUGAUCACUGGCACAGAAAAAAAACAGAAAACUCUAAAGUUAAAAGCUGAAUUUUCUCAAAUAUCCUUGAACUGAUGGACUGUUUCAGGACAUAAUAAAUGUAUCUCUAGAGGUGUUUGUGAAACCAGGCCCAGGUUGGUUUAGUUUGACCGUUACGUAGCUGUCGUCUGUGCAGCAGUGUGCAGGUAUAUGAUGAACUCUAUGUACAGUAUGGGUGAGUUAACUGGGCCAAUCUGGCAGUUGUUUCUUUUUUUUUUUUUUUUUAUAUAUCUUUAGAUGUGACUGUACAAAACAAAGUGGAUCUUGACAAAAGAAGAAAAGGGGUGACGCUGUAGGAGAGUGUUACAGGCCUUCACACAAUCAUCUUGAUUUAUUUCAGGGUGUGCGUUCUUUCUCUUCUGUUCUGCACAUUAUUUAUACUUUUUUGGAUCAUAUCUACAACCAUUUCGUUACAGCGCAGAAACCUUAACCGCUGAGCCAUUUCGCUGUUUGGUUAAAGCUAAUGCAAAGGCAGAGGUCGAGUAAAGGCAGCAGCAACAAACCAGCAUGCAAAACAAAACUCCGAAGUUGCCUUCAGUCACCUGUUGAGUGUGAGGUGUAUCAACAAGGCUACUGUCAUGUUAGAAAAGACAUGUACUGUAAACGCAACAGUGACUACUGCCAGAAAACAUCUCAGAGGUUUGACUUUCUGUGCCUUUUUUUUUUCUUUUUUAAUAAACUGUCUUUGUUGUGUUUGUGUUUGCAAACGGCACUUUUCAGUUUGUACAACACAAUAUUCAAGUGAAUGAGAAUAAUGGACUCAACAAUUCCUACACGAUUUCUGGAAAACAAAUGGACCUUUGCCUGUAUGGAGGAAGUUGUGUGUUAGGCGACACCUAAAAUUAUCAACUGCCUGCUGUGUUUGUAAUAAAGAAUUGUCAAAUGUACAGUUUGAUGUGUUUUAAACAUUGAGAACCUGUGGACCUGUGAAAAGAAAUAAAGAUUUGUGAAUCACUGCA